CGUAAUGUAAACACGUACACAUGACUAGACUCUGCAGGGCACUUUAGCUUGAAGUGGAAUGCAACUUGAAGUUGGGAGUGUGUCAUUUCGAACUGCAGACCCAAACGGACAUCUCGACGCCUGCAUCUUAAUGUGGAGUGAAACGGCACAAAGACUUUAAAAGAUGGAGGAACUAGAUGAUGAUCUCACCGACAGCAUCCCACUGACAAAUUUGAUAACUCCGGAGAUACCUAACUCCAAACCAGCAAAGUCCUCUCCUGAAUCAAACCUUCUUAAGUUAGUCAAGCGUAAUGAUAUCGCUGGAGUGAGGCAGCUAUUUCAGGACGCACCAAGGACAGAGCACAAUGACGACCGAUCAGCGUUUAUUGCUGCCAUCAAUCGGAACUACUGUGAUAUGAUCCAGUGUUUACUGGACUUGGGCCUGGAUCCUGGAGACGCGUUGUACCAUGCCAUCGAAACCAACAGUGUGAUGGCUGUGAACACAAUCUGUGACAGCCUACCCGAAUCGACCAGAGAGGAAAUUCUGAACCGAUUCCCCGUGAGUCCGAGUUGGCCCUCUACAUGCAAGCCACUGAUACUUGCAGCGAGGCAGGAUAACUUGAAAAUUGUAAAGACUCUCAUCCGGCAUGGGGCCAAGAUGCCAACCAUGGAGGAGCUUCGACCACGAAUCGCUGAUGAAAGCUACGGCCAGUUCAUCGCUCUCCUGCACUGGUACGAGGCAGUCAGCGGUGAAUCCUACAUCAUGCUGACAUCGGAUGACCCACUGGAGACCAUCUUCAAACUCGACCGGUCCCUUGAGGAAUUAGAAAGUCUCAUGCAGGUGCCAAGGUUUCGACAAGAGUGUGACCGCAUCGAAGCCAAGCUGGCCGCCCUGAGCACCAAGCUACUCGGCCUGGCCAGAGACGAUAAGGAGGUAGAACUGUUACUGAAUGGUGGAGAGCCAGAGGAGGCAGGGAAACCCAAGCUACCACGCAGGCUGCGCCAAGCACUCAAACUCGGCUUUGACAAUUUUGUGAGCCACCCUAGCAGUCAGGACUACGUGGUAUCUCAGUGGGAAGUCUCAACACCUUACGUCUUACGUUACGCCAAGUCGCGCGUCGCCUCGGCUGUGCUCUACCUCCUCCUUAUGGUUUUCUUCUUUGUGCCUUGCAUCUUGUACAUUCUGUUGCCCGUUCAACAUCUCCGCAUCUUGAAAAGGCCAUUGGUCCGUUUCUUCUUACACCUAGCUUCCAGAUUGUACUUCCUUCUCUUCCUGAUCCUAUCCACCAUCCGACCCCGGGUCGUCAUUUUCAGUGAUUCCACUGCUGACAUGUCAAGAAGUGAGAUGACCCAGCUCUACCUGCAUUACAAAGCCCGCCCGUGGAGUCCUUUCCUUAUCCUCAUUAUCAUCUGGAUUGUUGGAAUGACAUUUCGUACCAUCAGAGACAUGUGGGCCUUUGGUCCGAAAACGUUCCUCAGAAAUAACGGUUGGAACUUUUUGGAUCUGAUUCAACUUGUGCUGUAUUGGAUCUUCAUUGCUAUGAGCCUUGUCGCCUACAUUCAGGCUUUUGACAAGACACAAAGCCCUGGUUUUUUUCUCUCGGACUCGCAAGAUGUGGAUAUUGGGACACCCCCGAAUCCCGAGACUUCCGUGCCGUUUACGCCAGACGCGACUGAGCAAGAUUCAUUCUACAACUUUACAGAUUUCUUUGUUUGGCCAGCCCCUCCAGCUCCACCUGCAGGGGGCGAUAACAUCCUGGCUAGCUUUGGCAACCAGAGUCGCUACGACUGGAGCCAGUUUGACCCGCUGCUGCUUGCCGAGGCUGCCUUCGCCGUGGCUAACGUCCUGACCUACCUCCAUCUUCUCCACAGUCUUCUGAUCCUCGGCUUCCUGGGCCCGCUCCUUAUCUCCUUUAGGGACAUGAUCCUGGAUGUGGCCAAGUUCUUCAUCAUCUUCAUCUUCGUCACCAUCUCGUUCUCCCUGGGCCUGACCCAGUUGUAUCACACCUUUGAGAAGUUGGACCUUGAGGCCUGCUUGGUCGCGAAAGACAAGUCGGAGUGUUCUGGCACACCGUUUCUAUCGUUUUGGCUAUCCAUGCAGUCCCUCUUUUGGUCCUUAUUCGACCUGGUUGAUCGCGACAACCUGUCAGUUGAUGACGACCUCUACUUCACCCAAACAGUGGGUACUCUCAUGUACGCUACGUUUAUGGUGGUGGGCGUGGUGGUGCUACUCAACGCCCUCAUUGCCAUGAUGAGCAACACAUACACCAGAGUCGAGGAAAAUUCAGAGGUGGAGUGGAAGGUUGCGCGGACCAAGCUGAUGGGGGAAUACAUGACACCCAGCGUCACACUGCCUCCUCCUUUCAACCUCAUUCCAUCCCUCAAAUCCAUCCUCAAAAUCUUUCAAUUCUUUCGCCGGAAGUACACCAAAAAGAGUACUGGAAACCAGCACUCAAGUCAUGAUCAUCAAACAGUUCAUGACACAACUGCCUACAAGGAGCUUAGUCGAGCACUUGCUGAGCGCUGCCUUAGAGCAACACAGAUGGCACAUGUCAAGAAGACACAUAAAAGCAAAUCCAAGCAAGAAAUGGCUGCACUGAAGAAAUCAGUGGACAACAUCAGGUUUGGAAGGCAUAGCCAUUUAUUAUCCAUCUUAACUUCAUCAAGUUGUAAAUCUACCCCGACCUUAAAAUACAUUUACAGUCGAGAAUGCUGAGUACAACAAAA